AUCUGGAUCACAACGUAUCGUCUACCUUGUCUCGACUUUUGCGGCAGCUCUCGCUAUGUGCAAUGAUCCGAAGUCGAUUGCACCGAGUAAAAAUAUCAGCGUCGACGUUUCAAUCUCAAGACCCGAGAGCCGGUCUGCGGGAGCUACUUGUACCAUUUACUUCCUUAGCAGUGCACUUAAAACGAGACCUGUUGGAUGCUGCCUUACUUGCACAGGAUUAAAUCGAACACUACCAGAUAAUACUCCUUGCUACGCCCUCCGAACUGAAGACGCUAAAGCGAUAAAACCAUUCGCACAACGAAGUUGCCCCCUGGGACAGUGCCAAAAAGGGGUGUGUUCGCCAACCGGAGAAUACGAGCUGUGUGGAAGUGCUCUAGGAUGAAGUGUGACUUCGUCUCUAUUUGCAUACAUUUCAUCAUGCUCACCAGAUAACCGAAUUUACCGAUUGAAUAAACAUGUACAACG